GGAGCACAUGCCUCCUGCUCACACUCUCCUUCACACUCCGACCUACGGUCUUAGCCUACUAGUUAACCUGCAUGACGAGGAGAUGGGCUUCCCAUUGUCUACUCCUACAGGCAGUACAGGAAGUACGCCCACUAGCAGCAGUACCAAGAAGCAGACUGAACUACAUAAGGCAGUAGACAUGAGCUUCACCAUCGAGGAGAGGGGCAAGCCCAACACACUGGACUACAGGGUGUUCUUCAGAAAUACUGAGGGAAAAUACGUCUCUCCAUUCCAUGACAUACCAAUAUAUGCAGAUGAAGCUCAGAACAUCUUCCAUGCUGUUGUUGAGGUACCCAGAUGGACCAAUGCAAAGAUGGAGAUUGCCACCAAAGACCCUCUAAAUCCAUUGAAGCAAGACAUCAAGAAGGGGAACCUUCGUUAUGUGGCCAACGUGUUUCCACACAAAGGAUACAUCUGGAAUUAUGGAGCCAUCCCUCAGACAUGGGAGGACCCAGGCCAUAAAGACGCAGAUACAGGAUGCUGUGGUGACAAUGACCCUAUUGACAUCUGUGACAUAGGAUACAAGGUGUGCUCUCGUGGAGAGGUGAUUAAAGUCAAGGUGUUGGGCACUCUGGCUCUGAUCGACGAAGGAGAAACAGACUGGAAAGUCAUUGUCAUCAACAUGGAGGAUCCAGAGGCCAACAACUUUAACAAUAUUGAUGACGUUAGAAGACUCAAGCCUGGGUAUCUGGAAGCUACAUUUGAGUGGUUCAAAAAAUAUAAAGUUCCCGAUGGAAAACCUGAGAACCAGUUUGCAUUUAACGGAGAGUUCAAGGACAGGGACUUUGCUCUUAAGACAGUCAAGGAAACUCAUGAGUUUUGGAAGGCGCUGAUCUCCAAAAAGACCAACGCUGGAGAACUGAACUGUACCAACACUUGUGUCACAGACAGUCCAUUCUGCUGUUCCACUACUGAUGCUAAGGCUGUUGUUGAUGCCGCAUGUGUUUUUGGCCCUGAAGACCCUAUUCCAAGUGCAGUUGACAAAUGGUUCUAUGUCUAAGUGAACAGAAAGAGGAGCCUUCAGAUUGGACCAAAAUGUUUUCUCACCUGAAUGGAAGAAUAUACUUGAAAAUGACAGAAAACAUGUGUAGUAUAAUUACAGUUUCCCAUUUUUAGUAUGAAUUGUGAUUGAUUGCUUGUCCUCUUAACAUGACAAGUACUCAACCAAGUAAGCCUGGUCUUUAUGUUUAUUAUAUUUCUCAAAUGUGUAACUAUAUGACCUUUAUAGUCCGUCUAAACCUCUGCACUUUACCGUGUCUUGCAUCAUGUUGUUUGAUACUGAAAUAGGAAUCAUAAAUCUUCAAAUAAAUACCAUCACCACAUCCCCCUCCUC